AUGUGCAUUGCCCUCGAGGAGAGUUUGUAUCUUGGUCUUCCGAGUUCUAUGGGGCGGAACAAAGCAACGACUUUGGGUUACUUAAAGGAAAAGCUAAGGAAACGACUUCAAGCCUGGGGCACUAAAUUUCUUUCCAGAGCGGGUAAGGAGAUUCUUAUUAAAACGGUGGCUCAAGCCCUUCCUAGCUAUGCCAUGAGUGUCUUCUUACUUCCUCUUGAGAUUAUUAGAGACAUGGAAAGCAUGAUGGCAAAGUCUUGGUGGCAGUCCUCUAGUAAUUCUCCUUCAAGUAUUCAUUGGAUGUCCUGGAAGCGUCUUUAUGGUCACAAAAGUAAGGGUGCCAGAUAUUUUCCCCAUGGUUCGUUCCUCACGGCUACUAUUGGUCCAAACCCAAGCUUCAUUUGGCAUAGUAUUUUGGAAGCUCAGUCACUAGUGAAACAAGGCUCGAGAUGGGUUGUUGGUGAUGGAAAAAACGUUUCUAUUUUGGGGGAACCGUGGCUGUCUGAUGUAGAAAACCCUCUGAUUAUUUCUAACUAUCCUAGUCUCCAUAAUGCUAAAGUUUGUAAUUUGCUCUCUAUGGAUGGUUUUGGGUGGGAAACUGCUAUCUUAGAGGACUUGUUGGUGCCUUGGGGCGUCCAGCUGGUACAGAGUAUUCCCUUUCAAUCUCAGCCUGGUGAAGAUGUUCUUACUUGGUUGAAUGACUCUUCUGGGAUAUACAUAGUUAGGAGCGCUUACAAGUUACUUCAGCAACUUAGUGGUGACUUCACUCUUGAUGCCUCAGCUGAAGACAAGUUUUGGAAAAAGUUAUGGCAACAUAAAACUCCUCCGAAAAUGAAAAAUCUGGUGUGGCGUGCGGCUAAAGGUUGCCUUCCUACAAUGUCUCAACUGUUGUAA